GAAAAAUUCUUCGUUAACAAUUUCAGUUCGUGUCCAAUUUCUAUUUCAGACAAACGAAUGUAAAAUAUCAUAACGUCAUGAAUGAGUUUAAGGAGCAAGAGGAAUCGUACAAAUUUUUCAAAUAUGCCGAUCUAGAACCAGGCGAAGAUGUUGUUAUUUCCGGAAUCGCUGGUAGAUUUCCAAAAUCCAACAAUUUGUAUGAAUUGAAAGAUAAUAUUUUUAAUCGCAAAGAUUGUAUCACAGAUAACGGAAUAAAUACAGAGGAUUCAGAAAUUCCACGACGAAUGGGGAAGAUUAACAAUAUUGAGAAAUUCGAUGCAUUAUUUUUUGACGUCGAUUUUAAAGAAACACAUACUAUGGAUCCUAUGGGCAGAAUAUUGUUCAAACAUACUUAUGAAGCUAUUGUAGAUGCUGGAAUUCAUCCAAAAGAUCUUCGUAGAACGAGGACAGGUGUAUUCUUAGGUUCUUGCUUCUCCGAUACAGAGAAAACUUGGUUCUACGACAAACUCCAGAUAAAUGGUUUUGGUAUCAUAAGCUGUAGCAAAGCUUAUAUGACCAACAGAAUUUCGAAUUGGUUGCACGUCACUGGACCAACAUGUAACAUCGAUACCAUGUGCAGCUCAAGUCUAUUUGCGAUGGAACACGCAUAUAGAGCUAUACAUAACGGACAAUGCGAUUACGCGAUCGUCGCUGGAUCAAAUCUUUGCCUUCAUCCAUUCCUAACUUUGCAAUUUAAACGUUUAGGAAUAUUGUCUGAGGAUGUUCGUUGCAAGUGUUUCGACGAAGAUGCAGAUGGUUACGUGCGCAGCGAAGCCGUAGUUGUUAUAUUUCUGCAAAAAGGAAAAAAAUGCAAAAGAAUCUAUGCAACAGUUAUCCAUGCGAAAACUAAUUGCGAUGGUUAUAAGAAACAGGGAAUAACAUUUCCUUCUAGCCAAAUUCAGAGUAUUCUUUUCAAAGAAUUUUACGAUGAAUGCGGUGUACAAACAGCAUGUAUAAAUUACAUCAAAGCUCAUGGUACAGGAACUAAAGUCGUUGGUCCUGUAGAAAUUAAUGCUAUAGAUCAGAUUUUCACAAAAAACAGAAACAAUCCUCUUAAAGUCGGUUCCAUCAAAUCAAAUUUGGGUCAUACCGAACCAGCCAGUGGAAUGUGCUCCAUUGCUAAGGCGAUAAUAUCGAUGGAGUUAGGCCUAAUACCACCAAAUAUCAAUCUUAAUCGACUACGCAAAGGCGUGAAAGCUUUUACAGAAGGGAGAAUCAUGGCUGUUACCGAAACGUCUCCGUUUGAUGGGGAAUACAUAGCCAUUAACUCCUUCGGUUUUGAUGGUACUAAUGCUCACGUCUUACUUAAAUCAAAUCCAAAAACAAAGGUCAAUAAAGGAUUGCCAGAUUACGAUUUGCCUAGACUGGUAACUCUUUCUGGACGUACCGAAGAAGCAAUUGUAACCAUAUUAAAUGAUAUCGAUAAUCGACCGAUAGAUGUCGAAUUUAUUUGUCUCCUUCAUGAUAUUCAUCUCAAAGAAACAACAAGUCAUUUAUGUCGAGGAUACACGAUAACUAGUUCUAAAUCGUCUGACGAAAAAUUGAGAGAAAUUAAAAAUUAUUCUGGUAUCAAAAAACUAAUAUUGUUUGUUUUUUCUGGAAUGGGAUCGCACUGGUCUGUUACAGGUCAAAGUCUAAUGAGAUUCCCUAUAUUUGCUAAAGCUAUAGAGAAAUGCGAUGCUGUAUGAAAGCAGUAUAAAUUGAAUAUUUAUAAAAUUUUAACUGAAAAAGAUAAUAGCAUGUUCGACAAUAUCUUGCAUUCGAUCGACGGAAUUGCUGCAGUUCAGAUCGGCUUGGUAGAUCUUUUAACUACCGUAGGUGUAGUACCAGACUACAUCAUCGGACAUUCCGUUGGUGAACUUGGAUGUGCCGACGCAGAUGGAUGUUUUACAGCAGCGGAAAUGAUAUUAGCAGCAUAUUCGCGAGG